AUGGCUCCAGAUAAAAGACAUGUAGGAAACCAGGACUUUACCCGCUCGACGGCAGUCAUCAUCGGAGCUGGCAUCUCGGGAUUAUGCACAGCAAUCGACCUCAUAAAGCGAAACAAAUGCCACAAUUUCAUCAUCCUGGAGAAGAGUAGCGGGGUCGGAGGGACGUGGAAUGAUAACCGGUACCCCGGCUCAUGCUGCGACGUCUGGGCUUCCCUGUACAGUUACUCGUUUGAACAGAAGCCCGACUGGACCAGGGAAUAUCCAGGCCAAGAGGAGAUCCUGGAUUAUCUGAUUGGCGUCGCUCAAAAGUACGGCCUGUACAAGCAUAUCCGGUUCAACUCGGCUGUGGAGGAGGCACGAUGGGAUGACGCCGACCUCAAAUGGAAGGUCAGGGUCAAUGUCUCCGGAGGCAAGGAUAGCCAGUACCUCGAGUCAUACGAAAUUACGACCGACUUUCUCGUCUCCGCUGUCGGGCAGCUGAACGUCCCCCGCAUGCCUGAUAUCCCCGGACUGGAAGACUAUAAGGGCAAGCUGAUGCAUUCUGCCCGGUGGGAUUGGAGCUACGACUGGACGGGAAAGAGAAUCGCCGUUAUUGGAAAUGGGGCAACCGCCGCCCAGAUCAUCCCCGAAAUCGCCAAAACGGCGUCGCACGUCUCCGUCUACCAGCGUACCCCGAACUGGAUCAUGCCGAGACUUGACAGGCCCGUGGGUGCGGUACAAAAGGCUCUACUGACAUAUAUCCCGCCCAUCAAGUGGCGAAAGCGCGCGCUCAUGAUGGACUUCCGGGAAUGGUUCUUCGGUGCGGUCGUUGAUGGGAAUUCGGCGCUCUCGGAUGAAAUCCGCAAGACGUGCCUUGAUACCAUGCGGGCGCAGUUGCCCGAUAGGCCAGAUUUGUGGGAGGCACUGACGCCGAAUUACUCUCCGGGAUGUAAACGGGUGCUUCUCUCGGAUGAUUAUUAUCCUACACUGAGCAAGGAGAAUGUAGCCCUGGAGACUCGUCCUAUCCAGCGGAUUACGGAAACGGGGAUUGAGACUGCUGAUGGCGAGGUGAAGGAGUUUGACCUCAUUGUUGCAGCGACGGGAUUCAGAACGGUCGAGUUCAUGUAUCCCAUCCAGAUCAAGGGGGCGAAUGGUCGGUCGCUAUCGGAUAUCUGGAAAGAGGGGGCGAUGGCGUACCACGGCGUGACGGUGGAGGAUCUGCCUAAUUUCGCCAUGCUAUAUGGGCCAAACACUAAUCUGGGCCAUAACUCGAUUAUCCUGAUGAUCGAGGCUCAAUCGAGGUACAUCAGCGCACUCGUGAGCCAGAUACUCCAGGCGCAGAGGGACGGUCAGAGGCUAUCUCUGCGGCCUAAGCCGGAAGCUGUGAAAAAGUUCAACGAUGAUAUCCAGGCAGCCCUGAGAGAAACCAGUUUUGCCGACCCUGACUGCAGCAGCUGGUACAAGACCGAAGAUGGACGCAUCACCAAUAACUGGCACAGCACGGUCGUUGACUACCAGAACGAACUCUCCAGCGUCCGGUGGAAUGAUUAUAUUGCCGAAGGAACCGGCAAGUCUUUGAUUGCAAAGAAGAAAGAAACGAAUAUUGGACGGGUGAAUGAGAGGACGUUGAUCAGUAACACCUCGCUUCUCUGGGGUACGGUCAGUGUUGCUGUGGCAUUGGGAGGAUACUAUCUCAGAGGGAAUGCUUUGGUCAGAGGAAGCCGAGUGAGAUGA